AUGGAGCGGGUGCUGGCGGACGCGCUGCUGGCGCAGAGCCCGGAGCCCCGCGCGCUGCUGGGCGCGCUGUGCGGCGGGGAGGCGAGCGCCGAGCGGGCGGAGAGCCUGCGCCUGGUGCUGCAGCGGCUGGAGGAGCGCGGCACGGGCGCCCAGGCGGCCCGCGAGGUGGCCGAGGGCCACCUGGUGCCCCUGCUGCGCGCGCCGCCGGCUGGAGGGUCCGCGGGGCCCCGCGUGCUGCGGGCGGUGGGCGCGGCGCUGCGCUCGUGCGCGCGCCUGGCGGGCCCCGAGCUGGCGACGGCGCUGGCCGCCCAGGCCCUGCGCGAGCUGCCGGGCGCUCCGGCCGUGGAGCUGCUGGCCGCCGUGGCGCCGUGCCUGCGCGCUCCGGAGGAUGCGCCGCUGCUGGGCCGCGUGGCGCGCGCCGCGGUGGAGCUGGCGCUGGCCGGGGACGCGCCCGAGGCGGUGGGCGCGCGCCUGCUGCCCGCGCUGGCCCAGAGCGCCGAGCCGGCGCCGCGGGAGGCGUGGGCCGCGCUGGGCGCCGCGGGGCCGGGAGCCGAGGGCCGCGCGGGGCCGGAGCUGCUGGUGCUCAGCGCCCUGGCCGAGAGGCUGCUGCCCGAGCGCGCGCGCCGCGCCGACCCCGACGCCCGCCUCCGCGGCCGCUUCUGGAGGACCGUCCAGGCCGGGCUGGGCUGCGCGCGGGACGCGCUCACCCGCAAGCGCGCGCGCUACCUGCUGCAGAAGGCUGUGCAGGGGUCAGCGGAGCUGGCGGAGGACUGCACCUGCGGCCCCCGGGACACGAACGAUCCAAGCCUAUUCUGGUGGUCUGCGAAGAAAAAAGAUGAGCUUCUAAAGUUUUGGGAAAACUAUAUCUUGAUCAUGGAAGUUCUUGAAGGAAACCAGAUACAUGUCAUAAAGCCAGUCUUACCAAAGCUAAACAGUCUGUUUGAAUCUGCAGUCUCAGAGGAACAUGGCUGCUGGCUCCUCCAUCCCUCCUGGCACGUGUGCGUUUACAAAAGAAUGUUCGAAAGCGAGAAUAAAACCCUGACCAAAGAAGGUGUGACCCACUUCCUGGAGCUGUACGAGGUGAAGCCACUCCCGUGCUCCCCGGAGCUGUCCGAGUUUGUUACUGGCCCGCUGAUGGAUGCCCUCUCAGAGAGCUGUCUGUACAGCAGGUCCCCAGGGCAGCUGUCGGGAAGCGGCCCUCCUCUGGGAUUGAAGCUGCAGAAGUUUCUAGCCACUUACAUUUCUCUUCUUCCGGAGGAGACAAAGAGCUGCUUCCUGUUGAAGUUCAUUCAGAGGAUGGCAGACAGACACUGGUGUGCUGUGCCCAUUUUGUUCCUCUCCAGGGCGCUGGCCAGCUUGCCCAGAUGUAAGGCCCUGGGCAGAGAAGGGCUCCUCGCCCUCAGGGACGUUCUGCAGUGCACCAUGAUCACACACCAGGUCCUGCUGAGAGGCGCAGCGCAGUGCUAUCUUCUUCAGGCGGCCAUGCAUCUGGUGGACGUGGAGAAAGUGUCUCUCUCUGAGGUCUCCACUUUUCUCACGUCCCUGAGGGAAGAGGAAUCCUUGGCACGCGGGACCGUGUUGUGGACAGAGCUCUGUGACUGGCUCCAUGUCAACGAGAGACACUUCAGGUCCCCGAGUGGCAGCGCUGAGGGAUACGAGGCCUCGCUGAAUGCCUACGUGAAGACCCUCGUUAAGGAGUUCGUGAAGCCUCCCGGCUGGGAAAAAGAGAGCAGCUUCAUGCCAGACUGGCUGGACGCGAGGCUGACGGCCCUAAUGGUCCUGCUGGCUGUGGACGUGGAAGGGAUGAAAACCCAGUUCAGUGAAAAGCAGAGGACACAGAACGUGCUGAGGAUCUUCCUAGACCCCCUGCUGGACACCCUGGGGAGGCUGGGCACCAGUGCCUAUAUGCCCGUGUCCAGGGCUGACAGCUGUCUCCAGCUGCUGGUGAGGUUGCUGCAUUCCUGUGUGCCAAGAGGUCCCGGUGCCCAGGAUGAUGAGGUGUCCGCUGCCCUGCAGGCCUCCGUCAUGUCUGCUGCAGAGAGCGUGUCUGGGUUCCUGCUCAGGAGACUCACCAUGGACGAGCUCCACAGCGUGGCAGAUCUGGACCGUUGCCAGCUGUACCUGGCGGUGUUGGCGGAGCUCACGGGUCUCCAGGUGAAGCUGGGCUGGAAAGCAGGCAACCCCAUCAGCCGCCUCAUUUCCCCUUUGAGAAACGCGUGCGUUCACCGUCUGCAGGAGGCCGAGGGCGGACAGGAGCCAACCCUGGGUCAUCAGGUGCAGAGAGUGGCCAGCAUGGCCACCCUGGCAGCUCUGUGUGAGGCUGAGGACCAGCUUGUGGUGCUGCAGACUCGUCCUCCCGACGCCGAGCCUGUGGACAGCUUCCUGUCAGCUCUUCCACUCAGUCAGAUGCUGCAGAAGCCCCGUUCAGAGGAGCCGAGCAGUGGAGCGUGCCAGCUGGAGAACGGCAGGGUGUUUGAAGAAUCCUCAUCUUCCCAAGGAUGGGGAAAAAUAGUCACACAGUAUCUCCACGACCAGUGGGUCUGCCUGUCCUUCCUGCUGAGAAAGCGCCACCUCCUUACGCCAGCUGCAGGAGGUGGCUUGCUGGAGUGCUCUCUGCCCGCCACUGAGAGGCCCUCACAGACCCUGCGGUCGGCGCUGGACGUGCUCAUGGUCCUCCCCGUGGGCCGCAUCGUGCCGGUGUUCCGCUGCAUGGAGGUGCUGGUUCCCAAGCUCCUGACCUCCGAGGAGCCGCUCUGCGUAGAAUCUUUUGACGUGGCUUGGAAAAUCGUAUCUUCCCUGAGCAACACUCAGCUGACAUUCUGGCCUAAUUUAAAAGCUUUUGUUCACUUUGUUUUUGAUAAUGAAAUUCUUACCAUUGCUGCAAAACUCAGGGGUCAGGCAUACUUCAAAAUAAAAGAGAUUAUGUGCAAGCUAAUUGAAAUGUCCUCCAUAAAAACAGGGGUCUUCAAUGCUCUGAUGUGUCACUGCUGCCAGUCUUGGGUAGCAGCUGCCUCCGGAGGGUGCCGGGGCUCCUUCUCCAGUGCUAAGGAUUACAGCGAACUUGUCCUGGAGGCCUGUGUGUUUGGAACAGUGUUUAGGCGCGAUCAGAGACUUAUUCAGGAUGUCCAAACCUUCAUAGAAAACCUUGGACAAGACUGUGCGGCCAACGUCGUCAUAGAGAACACUAAGAGAGAAGAUUAUUGUGUGAGGAUCUGUGCUGUCAAGUUCUUGUGUCUGCUGGAUGGCUCCGACAGAGCCCACAAGCUGUUUUUAGAAGAUCUUGCCAUCCAGCUCUUGGCUAAGGAUGAGUCGGCAUCCAAGUCCAAAACUCGCUACCAUGAGAACUCCCUACAGCACCGGGUGAAGAACCGAGUGUGGCAGACGCUGCUCGUCCUGUUCCCCAGGUUUGAUCAGAACUUCUUGAAUAGGAUCAUUGACAAGAUUUUCCAUGCUGGCUUCAUCAACAAUCAAGCAUCCAUAAAAUAUUUUAUUGAGUGGAUUAUUGUAUUGAUUCUUCAUAAAUUCCCCCAGUUUCUUCCAAAGUUCUGGGCGUGUUUUUCUUCCGGUGAAGAAAAACUUAAAACGAGCAUUUGCACAUUUUUAUCUGUUUUAUCACAUUUGGACACCAUCAUUCAAAAUGUUCCAGAGAAGACGCUGGUUCUAAAGCAAGCCCUGACUGUUGCCCUGCAGUGGUGUCUGAGCCACAACUUCAGUGUCCGACUGUAUGCACUGGUGGCCCUCAAGAAGGUGUGGUGUCUGUGUAAGGCCCUGCAGUUUGAAGAGUGUGAUGCCUGGAGCACGCUGACCGAGUGCAGCCUCAGCCAGGCAGAAAGCAUGCACGGAGCAGGGAACGCCAGGAAGAACUGGCAGCGCAUCCAGGACCAUUUCUUCUUCUCAGGGUUCCAUCCCCUCAAGGACUACUGUCUGGAGACCAUAUUUUACACGCUGCCACGACUCUCGGGCGUCACUGAAGAGGAGUGGAUCGCUGUGGACAAGUUUGCCAGCUUCACAGACAUCCCUUCCAGGGCAGGGGCCCCACGGUAUUGGUCCAAGACUGCGCUUAGUAAGCUGAGUCCAGGGGACUGGUCCCAGCAGGACCAGGGUUCUGCUUUGGGUGAAGAAGACAGCCAACCAGAAUGGGCUGAUGUCCAGAAAAAGAUUAUCCCAUGGGGACACAGUACCCUGGAGUCAGACCUGGAGCUCGUGUCUCAGGACCGGGCUGCCAAGCUGGGAAAGUCCAUCAGUAGACUGAUUGUUGUGGCCUCGCUCAUCGACAAGCCAACCAACUUAGGAGGGCUGUGCAGGACGUGUGAGGUGUUCGGGGCUGCAUUGCUUGUGGUCGCCAAUCUUCAGUGUGUCAGUGACAGACAGUUCCAGCACCUCAGUGUCUCUGCGGAGCAGUGGCUCCCCCUGGUGGAGGUGAGACCAUCCCAGCUGAUGGCUUAUCUGCAGCAGAAGAAGGCGGAGGGCUACACUGUCAUUGGCGUGGAGCAGACGGCGCAGAGCUGUGACCUGGCCCAGUACUGCUUCCCUGAAAAGUCACUGCUGCUGCUGGGAAAUGAGCGGGAAGGGAUCCCAGCCAACCUGAUUCAGCAGCUGGACGUGUGUGUGGAGAUUCCUCAGCAGGGCAUCACCCGCUCCCUCAAUGUGCACGUGAGCGGGGCUCUGCUGAUCUGGGAGUACACCAGACAGCGGCUGCGGCUGCUGGGGGGUGCAGAGCCACCAUCCUGAAGGUGGGCCUCAGCUGCUCAGGCGUGCAGGGCCUCCAUCCUGAAGGCGAGCCUCUGAUGCUUGGGCGUGCAGGGCCGCCAUCCUGAAGGCGGGCCUCGGCUGCUAUCUCUCCCGGUGCUACAGAAGGUGUCUUCUAAUCUUCCAGACUAAGGAAAUCGGUGAUGUGCUGGGAUUACCUGCAUCUCUCUCACCUUGUACCUCAAUGCCAAAACCUCCUCAUGUGCCUUAAAGUUUAUCACUCUACAUUGUCCCCUUUUAGCUAACCCUUUUAAAUAUUUUAAGCAAUUCUGGAAUUAAAAAUGAGUUUUAAGA